GUGUAGUUGACGUAGAUUUGUGAACUGCUGUGUGUGUGUUGACACUUUGGUUCCCGAUGGUCCUGAAACCCCAAGCAUGUGAUCAAUCAAAUGGCGCUCAGUUUCCAAAAACUGUUUGCUGCAGAAUCAGAAGACUUUGAUGAUGAGGAUUUUCUUUCUCUCUUGGAGCUUCCUGAGACCAAUGUCCUUCACCCUCUGAAAGCAAAUUUCCGGCAUCUCAGGCCUAUCUCUCAUAAUCCUGUUGGUGGCACAUCCCAUUCCAACUCAUUUUCUGGUCAAAAACAGCAGAUAACGUCUGCCCUAGAUACACUAAAACCUGAUAGAAAUCAGAACCUAUCGAACUUUAACCAUGAUGUGGAUGAUGAUGAACUACUGUCUAUAUGCAAUGAGCUUGAGGAAGAAAAGUCAGAUGAACACUGUAAACAGAAUGCUAGAGGGUUGGCUGUGGAUUCUAGUACACUCACUAAAACUGCUAAUGCCAUGCUAUGCUUAAAGGGCAUUUCUCAUAAUCAAACUGGAAUACCUGAGAGGGAAAGGUCACUUGACAAACACCUUCCAGCCUUUCAGUUACGUCCUAGCCGAAGUGGAUGGGGACUUGGUCAGGAUCCUGAAAACAGCACCAAAAAUUCAUCCUUGAAAGGUAUCACUGGGAAUAAGCAUACCAUAACUUUGUCAGAUGAAGCUUAUACAGAGAAUACCCUUAACCAACAGCUGCACCCAAGUGGGGAAGGAAGUUGUCACUCUCAGGCUCAUGGGCCGACAGCUAAGAGACCCUUUCAUACGGGCAUGCUGGAAAAUCAGCCUCUCACACCACAAAAUGGUGGCUGUAAUAGAAACAUUACCAAUACACUACAGCUGCAUAUUAAAGACGGAGGUGGUGGGCACUGCCAGUCUGCAGGAUCCACCCCUAAGAGGCCAUGCUUUAGGACAAUUUCAGAAAAUCACCCUUGUACUCCUGUGAAAGAAGGACAGCAUAUUCCAUAUUCCUCAACAGUGCCAGGGGGACUCAGUAUAGCACACAAUGGGACUAGAGGAAACUUGGCACAGUCUGAUAACAGUAGGACUUGGCAACAUAGUAGCCCACAAAUCAACAAUCUAAAGGGGUGCCAGUCUUCACCACACUCUUCCACACCAAGUGCUUUACAGACACCAGUAGUGACCAAUCAUCUAGUACAGUUAGUAACCGCAGCCAAGCAAACGCCACGGAUGUUGUCGUGGGAAACACCACCCCCCAAAGAGAGGAAGUUCCCUGGGCCUGCUGGCCUGCUACCACAUCAGGGGAAUAGCAAAGGGCUUGAAGAGAUCCUGGUGUCUACUCCCUCCACACCUACACAUGGAGCAUGUGCCAGGCUCUCCACUAAGGAGGGCAUAUCCAACCAGCAGUCAGUGGAUGAGUACAUCAGAGGACCUUGGGCUAAGCUAAAAGCUGAUUUUGGUGUGGAUGAGAGAGACCCAGCCUGCUUUCUUUGCUCAUACAGUGUGGUCAUGGUGCUACGGAAGGCUGCUCUAAAGCAACUUCCAAAGAACAAGGUCCCUCAAAUGGCUGUUGCUCUCAAAUCUUUGACUCGAGCAAAUGGGGAUGCAAGUGCAGUAUUUAGAGAUCCAACGGGAGAUAUUCAGGGCACAGUCCACCACCUGUUACUUGAAGAACGAGAGAGCGAUCUGAAAAUAGGCAGCCUCCUGCUGUUAAAGCAGGUUGGUGUUUUCUCCCCCUCUCAUCGAAACCACUAUCUAAAUGUGACCCCCAGCAAUCUGGUAAAAAUUUACCAUCCUGAGGACGCAGAGGAAACCGAUGAAAAUGUGGUACCGGUACCACAGACACCAGGUCAAAAUAGUCACCAGGCCAUAUCAACGCAGAACAGAGGUGAUACAGGGAACCCCAAACAAACAGAGGCAGAAGACUGGGACAUGGAUGAACUUGACUCGUUAUUUGUUGACCUGCCUGAGGACCCUGGUGACUGACAUCCUUCCUCAUUCAUAACAUAAUUGCACUUAAAUGUAAACAAUGGUGCUGAUUGUAAUCUUCACUUCCUGAUCUACAAAUUAAGAUAAACAUCUAUUCAGCUUAAAACAUGAAAAGUGCUGAGUUAUCCUGUAUGCAGUAUGCUGGAUUUCUGUUAAAACGGUAACAUUUGCCUUCAGAAACCUCAAAGGGCUUAAUUUAUCAAAGGCUUCGCUCAUCUACGACUGCAGUUUCUCCCAAGAGAACCUGCAGUCCGUAUUUAUAAAGCAGCGGUCAUCAGACUGCUGCUUCCUAUCUUCUUCUUUACGUCUUAGGUGGAGAAUUUUAAUCUCCCCGGUCUCGUCUGGGGAGAUUGACAGCUCCUGCCCGCGCAUGAUUGGCUGUGGGCGGCAUUGCACCCGAGUGCAAAAUAGAGCUCGCGUGCAAUGUUAAAUUCCGCCAGUGGAAUUCUGUCUGCCAGAGGCGAGCUGCGGCGGACAGGGGCGCAGAUGUACGCCCCUGUCCACCGUAGCUUGAUAAAUCAAGCCCAAAGUGUGGAAAAACACAGAAAUUCUUUAAUCUUUGUUUGGAAAAUGGUAUUUGAAUCAGUACAAUACAAAGAGUAUAAACACUUUGUGAAUACAAGGACCUAUAUUGUAAUGUAUAUUUUCAAUAGUUUUGUGCCUUGAGAAAUAAACUCAGUCUUUGUAAAUGAGGUUAACAAAAUAUAGAAGAUUUCAAGUGUAUCAAAUAUUGUGCCUGUUCUACUGUAAAUAAAAUACACCUGGAUUAAUA